AUGGAGACUGCAACAGAGACUCCAGGUUUCGUUCCCAUCUCGGAAUGGCCUACUCUUGAGGCUCUCUGCGAUGGCUUCGACGAGCACCUCCUUUCACCUUCAAACAAGUUGAAUGGUCAACGAUUUGAGCUUGCGUUCGAAGAUGGCACAGACAUUGAACAUCACUUUCUCGACACAGAUACCAUCUUCUGGAGCAUAACAAAAGGUACUAAAGGUGUUGGUUUGACUGGCGAAGCAAAAUACAGAGCGUUCGAGGUUCGACCGGAUGUUUUUUUCGUCGAUUUUCACAAAAUUGACUACAACGAAGAGGUCAGUAUUGUCAUGAACAUCAAGAGCGGGCAGACAGUAGUGGGCAUCUCGGGUUUCCGGGACACAACUGGAGUACGGCGAACGUACACCAAAUUCUCCAAUGCAUAUAUCUCAGGCCUCGCCCCCAGUCAGCCAUACAAGAACACUGAUGAACUGAUCGGAAAACACGUUGUUUACCGCUAUACUGGUGAUGAUGCCUAUGAGCAUAUUUAUCUCAAUCAAGGAACAUUCACCUGGCACUGUCUGAGCGGGACUGAGAAAGGUCUGGCAGACACAGAACCAUGUAAGAUGUUGAAGUUGGCCGAUCAACUUUACCUGCUGUUCUGGACAGAGAAGAUUAUGCCUGUGGAGUCAGUGGUCGUGGUUGAUCUGAAGGAGAUGCGCUCGACGGGACGAUUUUUCUGCUGGGACCCGAAGCCUGAGAAACUCGUCAGCACGCUGUUUGGUUCCUAUGCGACCCUGCUCGCCGACACUCGAACAAGAUGA